AUGCCUUCCCUUUGCGCUCCCUGCGAUCGUUCUUUCAGUAGCGACGAAGCGCUACGGCAGCAUCUGCAGACUUCACGGGCGCAUGCUCCAUUCGACUGCGAUACUUGCAAUCGAAAAUUCAUGACCCAAGAUGCCCUGGAGCAGCACCUGAAAACAUCCCCUGUUCAUUUACCGUCCAUAGACUGUAAGACAUGUGGUCUAUCCUUCAAAAGCGAGGAGACACUGCAAGAGCAUAUGCAGUCGCCAGCACAUGCACCGACCUUUGACUGCAAAAGUUGCAAUCGAUCUUUCAAGGACGACGAGGCAUUAAAACAGCACCUACAGUCGCCAGUUCAUGAUCCGACCUUUCCCUGCAAAAACUGUGAUCGAUCCUUCAAAAGCGAUGAGGCACUGGAACAGCAUAUGAAGUCUCCAGCUCAUGGUCCGACCUUUCCCUGCAAACAUUGUGGUCGAUCCUUCAAAAGCGAUGAAGCACUGGAACAGCAUAUGAAGUCUCCAGCUCAUGUUCCGACCUUUCCCUGCAAAAAUUGUGAUCGUUCCUUCAAAAGCGACGAGGCACUGGAACAGCAUAUGAAGUCUCCAGCUCAUGAUUCGACCCUCAACUGCCAGACUUGUGAUCGCAAAUUCAAAAGCAAGGAGGCUCUAGAGGAUCACUUGCGUGACUCUCCAGUCCAUGGACAGAAAUCGAAAACCCCCUUGGACACCUUUUUCGGCUCUUUUCGAACAUUCAAAUACGACCCUUCCCUCCCGCCAUCCACGUCGUACGCCAAGUUACGGGACCAUAAGGGCUGGGGACGUGACGAUCCCGAGGGGGAAGAUGCAUGGGACAGGUAUCAAGCUGCAUUGGCGGCCGAACUUAAUAUGUGGUAUGGUGCAGAGGAUGAUCUGGCGGCCUGGCAUUCGCUCUGUCGUGCAAUAGGCAUCGAGCCCCCUCCACAAACGUGUGCGCUGUGCAAGAAGGCUGCACGAAAUACACACGUCAAUAUCGUUGAUUUGAUUCAUUGGGGGCGAAAUCAAAAUCGGCAAAGGGUUCGGGUAUUCAGAGACGUUGGAGAGCUGCGAGUCUACACCAGGGAGACUGGAAAGAUAUUCCACAACCCGUACGACGAUGAUCACGAUGGUGGUAACAUGGUGUUGAGACACCUCCUUCGGAAGAUCUUUCGCUAG